GAGAAUCUAUUACUUUUUGCCUCCUUUUAAUUUUCGCAUUUCCAUUCUGGCUAAAUUCUCGAAUCUUCUUAUUACACUUGAGACGGCUAAAGACUGAGCGAACGGCCAAAGUAAGUGCUCUCUUCGGGCGAAAACCUCACUUUCAAAACCCUCCUUGCCACUGUUCCAGACGGUUCCUAGUCGAAAAGAAGAAUAGUGGUUAAAAAGGCGAUGGUUGUCUGCAAUGUCCAGAGUGGAAACGAUGGAGAUCAAUGAAAGCAAUUCACGUUCCCAUGAGAAUGGGCAUUUGAGAGGUUCAAAUAACUCCAGCAAAGAGAAUUCUUCCGAGAAAGAUGUGUUUGUUAACCAUGCUGAGGUAGCUUGGCAUGAGAGACGAAAACAGUGGGUGGGUGAUCCAUCUCAAAAGUCACAGAGAAUGUUUCGAGAACCGAUUAUGAGCUUGACCACAACAUAUGAGGAUCUGCUGUGCUCUACGGAGCCUUUUCAACAGCCAAUACCAUUAGCUGAGAUGGUGGACUUUUUAGUUGACAUAUGGCAUGAAGAAGGCCUUUAUGACUAGAUUAUUGGGAAAUUAGUCAUGUUGGCUGCGCAGUUUUGUUUGUGCUGAUUAAUGAAGAUUAAACAAACCCAUAGGUUGCAUUGACGUUUACCCUGGACAUUGAUUGAAUGGUACAUAAUUGAUUCUCUUGUUCUUGAUUUCCUAAACAACAUUUGAAAUGUAGAGUUUAUUGAAAUCUAGAAUCUUGCUAGCCGUUUUACAGUUGGUAUUUAAUGAUAGUCCAUAUGUUAAACUAAACUUCAGAAGUCAAACUGUCUUUCUAUUGAUCUUCAUCUUCCUGUUAUUCUGGCAAAGCAUGGUAGCUUUUGAGAACAGAGGACACAAUAGCAAAAGUUUGAGUAUUGAUGAUUAAUAUGGACUUAUUAUGUGAAGAAUUGUAUGACGAUUAGGCUGUUUUUUGUUGUCA